AACCAAUUUUCGGCUGCACAAGACCUUGUAGGAGGACCAAUUCAUAUCCCAUGCGCCGGAUGGGUAAGCGAGAAUGAACAACGUUUUGUGUCGGUUGUGCUUGACGAAGUGCGAAGAGUGCGAGUUCGGAAUGUGCAUUACGUCCCAGGACGGUGUGCUACGCAAUCUUCCAAAGAUGAUACGGGAGUGCAUCUUAAUCGAUGUGACUGACUGCGAGCCGCAUUUCUUUUCGAAGUUCAUCUGCAACGAAUGCAUCUACCGGCUGGAGCUGUUCUACUCGUUCCGGGAGCAGAGUCUCAAAAACCAGGAGUACUACAAUGGACUGCUGUUGUAUUAUCAGCAAACCAUGCCCUGCACGAGCAAGGCAGUUUCAGCUACAGUGCCGCUACAUACGACGAAUGUUUUUGGAAUCGAAAGCGAACUGCCGCACGAGCCAGAUCAACCGGAACAGCAAAACGAUGAAUUACCUGAUAUCAAUUUUACCAUGAUGGACGAAUCGGAGAAACAUCAGCUGAGCAAAGACUAUGACGAUAUUAUUCGUAGUUUGCAGAAAGAUGAUUUGGAUUUCACUGCAAACGAGGAGGAAUUGGUGAUAAAACAUGAAUUGGAAAUUUCAAUCCAACAAAGUGCCGAGCGCAAACGAACUGAAACCAUGAAGCAGGAGAAACAAGCACAAGAAAACUGUACACUAUCCAAUGCUCACAUGAUGCAGACGCAGUCCAAUGUAUGCUUUGAUCCAUACGUUGAUAUCGCCCAAUCAAUCGUGCACGAUCCGGCUGUUCAAACUACGCCAAACGAAGAUGAAGGGCUCGACUAUGACGAUUUUGCUGGAAUUGAAACGGGAGUGUCACACGAUAAUGAAGAGACAAUAACGUCGGAAAUACAAGUGGAGAGUUUAAUUGAAAAUGCUGUACAAGAGGAAAACCUCGACAUGAUGCAGCAGAUCGUUUCCUCCCAGAGCGACCAUUUGACCCCAGUGACCACGGCGGAUAGCUUGAGGGUGGCAUCUCCCGAAACAGCUUCAAUUGAUCGGUUUAGUAAACCAGUGACGGUUUUACCUACCGAUUCGAACUAUUCACCACAGCUCUAUCGUACAGAAAUGGAUUCGAACGCCACGACCAGCAAUAGCAUAAUCCCCAACACCGCCGGUAUCGCAGACGUUCCGCCGGAGCUGGACGAUAAAACGUGCGAAGUUUGCUUCAAGACGUUCCGUAGCCGACAAAAGCUAAAAAUUCAUCGAAAUACUCACCUGCGGGUGGCACCGUUCAAAUGUACCUUCGAUGGGUGUGACAAAGCAUUCAAAUCGCGCAUCGGUCUCGAGGAGCAUCUGGCACGGCACACGAACUGCUUCGAGUACACGUGUGAUAUUUGUUCCAAGGGGUUUCAGCACCGGAGCUACCUGUCCGCACACCGUCGGGCGCAUAAUACGGAGCGCAAUUUUCAAUGCACACUGUGCGAGCAAAGCUUCAAAUCGAAGCAAGCGUUGCUCGAUCAUAAAAAUCGCCAUCUGGGCCUGAAACCGUUCGCUUGUGCUCAGUGUGACAAACAGUACACGAAGAGCUCGCUGCUUCAGGCGCACGUCAAGCAGUGUCACAGCGAAGGAGGCGAUGAUGAUGUUGUGCGUUAUCCGUGCACGGAGUGCGGGAAAAAGUUCACCUCUAAGAGCUACCUGACUGUGCACAAAAAGAUCCAUCGCAAUGAGCGCGAGUUUGUGUGUGAGGUUUGCAAAAAGGGUCACGUGACUCGACAGGAUCUCCUAAUCCACAUGACGAAACACACGGGAGAGAAGUCACUCGUUUGUGAUAUCUGCGGAAAGGCGUACGCUCGCCGUGGCGCCAUGGAAUGGCACCGACGAACGCACACCAAGGAGACGCCGUACAAAUGUGAUAUCUGUGGUCAAACGUUUACGCAGGCCACACCGUUGCAGGUGCACCGUAAGCUGCACGAUACGCCUGGUAAGUUGGAGGAGAAGGGGCAACAGUUGGAUAGCGGGGUGAAGGUAGACCACGGUCGGUAGUUACUUCUGUGGAGAAAUAAAGCAAACGAUUUGCUUUC